AUGUCGGUGCGGACGCUCCCACUGCUCUUCCUGAACCUGGGCGGAGAGAUGCUCUACAUCCUGGACCAGCGCCUGCGGGCGCAGAACAUCCCGGCCGACAAGGCCCGCAAAGAUGAAUGGACAGAGGUGGACAGGAAAAGAGUUAUGAAUGACAUCACCUCAACCAUGUUCAAUAAAAAAUUUCUGGGGGAGCUGUUCAAGCCCCAAGAGCUCUAUUCCAAGAAGGCUCUGAGAACAGUCUACGAUCGCUUGGCUCAUGCUUCUAUCAUGAGGCUAAACCAGGGUAGCAUGGAUAAGCUCUACGACUUGAUGACUAUGGCUUUCAAAUACCAAGUGUUGCUGUGCCCCCGACCCAAGGAUGUAUUGCUGGUCACUUUCAACCACUUAGAUGCCAUCAAGGAUUUUAUCCGUGAUUCCCCAGUCAUUGUGAAGCAAGUGGAUGAGACUUUUCGGAAACUAAUUGAAGUAUAUGGUUGUCUUUCUGCUGGUGAGUUCCAGCUCAUCAGACAGACCCUGCUGAUUUUCUUUCAGGACAUGCACAUCCGGGUGUCCAUAUUUCUAAAGGACAAAGUCCAGAAUUCAAAUGGCCGCUUUGUGUUGCCAACAUCUGGGCCUGUGCCAUGGGGAACUGAUGUUCCUGGACUCAUCAGGAUGUUUAAUAACAAAGGAGAAGAAGUGAAGAGAGUGGAAUUUAAGUAUGGUGGAAACUAUGUCAGUGCAAAGAAUGAAGGUUCUUUUGAUCUUUAUGGAGACCGAGGCCUCACACUAGGGACCAACAUGUACAACAUGAGUCAGCCAGUGGAAACACAUGUAUCAGAAGCACCAAAGAACUUACCUUUAAAUACUACCAAGGCGAGCCCUGCUCCAAACCCUCUUGCUAAAGAAGAACUGAAUUUUUUGGCCAGAUUGAUGGGAGGAAUGGAAAUUAAGAAAACCAGCGGCCCUGAACCAGGAUUCCGGUUGAAUCUGUUUACCACAGAUGAAGAAGAAGAACAUGCAGCAUUAACCAGGCCAGAAGAAUUGUCAUACCAAGUCAUCAACAUUCAGGCAGCCCAGGACCAGCAAAGGAAUGAAGAGCUAUCUCGGAUCAUGGGGGAGUUUGAGGUCCAUGAUCAGCCUCCACAGAACACCAGCAAAGGUGAUGAUUUGCUGGCCAUGAUGGAUGAAUUGUAACCGUGGCCUGGCAAGCCGGA